AUGAAAACUUCGAAACGUAAAGAUAAGUCUAAACGUAAUGAUGAUGAUAUACAUAACGAAAGAAUGGUACGUUACGAGUGUCAUCGUACACGUAUGCUACAUCGCGCUGGAUUACCACGUAAAUUUGGACAUAUAAGCAAUUGGCAUAAGUAUUGCAAACAUGACAAAUCACCACGACUUAAAAUGAUGAAUUAUUUAAUACUUCAUUCUCCACUUCUGCCAUAUAGCGAUCAAAUAAUCUCGCAACAUUUGAGUAGAACACAAAAUUGGAUGCGAAAACCUGGGCAUAUUUCGUUCUGUCAUGGUAUUGGAAUAAUCAAAAAGGAACUUGAUAAUAUAUGGCUUAGCGAAAGAAAAUUAUUAAGUGGUUGUUGUUGCAAUGUUAUGACAAUGCUAUUUUGUCUAAGACUGAUGUCUGAAAUUGAACAAAAAGCUGAAAGAUUAGUCAAGAAAUAUCGUAUGCAACAGGAAUUUUGGCCAAUAUGUGCAUUACCAGUUCCAAGUAAUGGAUCACAGCUAGUGGAAAGUAUUGAUUUCUCAAGAGAUCCAUCACAAAUAGGCAAUUAUUUGGAUCAUAUCAGAUCAAUCGAUAUCAGAUAUCGUCAACAUAUUCGACGUGAAGAUGAUACUAUACAUCUUUUUGCGGAGCGUAAUAUGAAAUGGAGAGAUGGCGCUGGUGGUAAACUGUUCAAAAAAUUAGAAGCGAAAUAUGAUAAAUAUUUAAAUUGCAUAAUCAAUAGGAGUGUUAAAAUUUUGCCCGGAAUUCCGGAAGCUCGAACGAUGAAAAAAUUAGGAAUUCUGAAGUCAGUUUUCCAACGCAGAUUCAAAUGUGUGCUUGCUGGAUGGCCAUGCAGAAUGGAAAAGGCUUUGUUAUGCACUUAUUGUCAUUUUCUUAGAGUACAAAAAAGCUAA